GGUAACGUUAGCUAGCUUGCUACUGUAGCCGAUUAAAAUACAUUCCACGAUCUACGAGUUAAGACUGGUGUGGGCAGACUUUAGAUACAACUAGUGAAUUCACCACCCAACGAAUAACCCGCAAUUAGCUGCACACAUUGUUCUAUGUAAUUGCGGGCUAUUCUUUGGGUGAUGUAAACAGUACAUGGUUAGUUUUUGAUAACUUUUUAUGUGACCUCAGCCAAACAGCCAAAUAACGUUACUCCAUCUAAAAGUGACUCAAUUCUCACUUGCGGUACAGUUCUAGAAACAUAACACCCUCUACUUUCAUAUUACGUUAAAAAAACAUUUCACAAAUGCAAACACAGUUGCAGGCGACAUGUUUGUGGCGUCCAUCUUCCGUUUACACGAAGGUGUUCGUAGACGCAGAUGCCUAACGGCAGGGUAGCCUAGUGGUUAGAGCGUUGGACUAGUAACCGAAAGGUUGCAAGUUCGAAUCCCCGAGCUGACAAGGUACAAAUCUGUCGUUCUGCCCUUGAACAGGCAGUUAACCCGCUGUUCCUAGGCCGUCAAUGAAAAUAAGAAUUUGUUCUUAACUGACUUGCCUAGUAAAAAAAAAAAAAAAAACGUUAAUUAGCACAGGUACGCCUCUGUCUUCCAGUUGUUUUCCGUAAACGAGCGCUAUAACCCUAACCCUGUAGGUGUGUGGAACGAAACACCUGCCUCAGCAACUAGAUCCUGGACUAGGCACCCAGGUGGUGAGGGUAGGCAACAACACAUCUGAGACACUGACCAUCAACACCGAGGCCCCUCAAGGUUGUGUGCUUAGUCUCCUCCUGUUCACCCACAACUGCGUGGCUGCGGACGACUCCAACACCAUCAAGUUUUCUGACAACAUGAUGGUGGUAGGACUGAUGACUAUGAGGCAGCCUAUAGGGAGGAGGUCAGAGACCUGGCAAUGUGGUACCAGCACAGCAACCUCCCCCUCGACAUCAGCAAGAGAAAGGAGCUGAUCGUGGACUACAGGAACAGAGGGUCGCGCAUGUCCACAUCGAUGGGGCAGUGGUGGAGAGGGUCGAGCGUCAAAUUUCUCAGUGUCCACAUCACUAAGGAAUUAACAUGGUCUGCACAUUUGUGAAGAGUGCAUGACAGAACCUCUUUCCCACUCAGGAGGCUGAAAAGAUUUGGCCUGGGCCCUCAGAUCCUCAAAGUUCUACAGGUGCACCAUUAAGAGGGUCUUGACUGGCAGCAUCAACGCUUGGUACAGCAACUGCAAGGCACCUGACCGCAAGGCGCUACAGAGGGUGGUGAGUGUGGCCCAGUACAUCACUGAGGCCGAGCUCCCUGCCAUCGAGGACCUCUACACCAGGCAGUGUCAGAGGAAGAACCAAAAAAUUGUCCGAUGCCAGCUACCCAAGCGAUACAGACUGUUUUCUGCUGCCGCAUGGCAUGUGGUACCAGUGCAACAAGUCUGAAAACAACAAGACUUCUAAAUAGCUAAUCAAAUGGCUACCCGGACUACCUGCAGUGACCCUUUUUUUGCACCAACUCUCUUGCACCGACUCUAUGCACACAUUGGACUCUACCCACACACACAUACUUACACCCCAACAUACACACUACAUAAGCCCACACACACUUUCACACUCACCACAUACGCUGCUGCCACAGUUGAUUAUCUAUCCCGUUGCCUAGUCACUUUACCCCUACCUAUAUGUACAUAGCUACCUUAAUUAUGUCAUACCCCUGCACAUCAAAUCAGUACUGGUUUUCAUGGUAUAUAGCCAUGUUAUUUUUUACAAGUUAUUCACUGUGUAUUUAUUGCUUGUAUCACUAUUUUGCAUUUUGGAAAAGGACUCGUAAGCAAGCAUUUCACUAUUUGUCUACCCCGGUUUACGACUUCAUGUCAAAUACUUUUGGAUUUGAUAUGACAAUCUCCUCUUUGUCCACAAAGCUGCUAUUCAUCUUGCCUGUAGACAACUCUGCAAGCAUGUAUGUACUUCCAAAAACGGUCUAAAUAAAAAUGAAUAAGGAACCAAACAUUUUUUUAACGUGUUGUUUUUGACCAGAAGAGCUACCAAUUGGCACCUCUUCCGGUCAAACACAAAACGUAAUUAUUUUUUUUCUGUUGCUUGUCGAUUUUUAUUUAGACCUUUUUUGGAAGUACAUCCUGUGUGUAACAGCAGUAAAGGGGGGAUAGUUGCUGCAGGGCAGGCAUAUUUGAGAAGCAGUCUGCCCCCGCGAUAGAGAGUGUCUUUGGUAAGGACUGGUGCAUGGAUCUAUGGAGAGAUGGGGAGUCAAUCCCUCAGGAUAAAGAGACAACAAUUGGAUCGGCCAUCUUGGGCGAUGAUGGGGUCACUCAGGCAAUAGACUUGGAGGACAAUGAGCCUGACUUGGUGUUUAUCAAAGAAGAGCUGUUUGAGGAUCAGCCAGUGGACCAGCAGAGGGGACAUGCAAGCAACAGAAAAAGGAGCGUAGCUGUGGAGGAUGCUCCAGCAGUAGAGCGAGCAGCUGCCAGUCAACUUCACCUAUACAAGGGGGACUUGAACACAUACCCUGCAGGCAGCCAACAGGUACAGCCUGACACAGAGCAGCCCACAUCCAUUGAGAGCCUCAUGGAAGAUCCCACUCUGGCUGGUCUGGUUGACCACACAGCAGUGCCUGGCCCUGACACAGCCGAUGGGAUGUACAUGGACUAUCCUCCCCGCAACACAUACGCACCAAGAAACCGGCCAAGCCACCAGCAGGGAACUGGAAAAGACCUGAAGCAGCAGUUUGACUGUUUGUUUUGUGGGAAGAGCUUUGGUUAUUUGAGCUACUUGAAAGUCCACAUCAGACGCCACUCUGGAGAGAAACCGUUUGGCUGCACCGUUUGCGGGAAGCGCUUUGCUCAGAAGACGUACCUGAAGCUGCAUCAGCGUACACACUCUGGGGAGAAACCUUACAGUUGUACAGAGUGUGGGAAGAGUUUCUCUCAGAAGAGCUCGUUGAAUGUCCACCUCCGGAGUCACACCGGGGAGAAGCCUUAUAGUUGUGUCGACUGUGGGAAGAGCUACACCUAUAAACACGGUUUUAACACACACCAAUGUUUCAAUUAAUUAGAUUUUUAAUUUACAUUUCAACCUUGUUUUGAAAACUGGCAACUGCAACAUCUUUAACUGUAUUGUAAUCAUGGUGGUUUUCGGUAGGUAGAUUUUUUUUUUUAAAAGUUAACAUUUUUGCGCUACUGUGUGCCCUAAUGAACAUGAUCAAGCUGUUACUCUUCACUACAUGGCAGAGAACUGUUCCAUUCAAGUUCACUCUGCUCUGUCUGUAGGAUUGCACACAAACACUGCCUUGUUGUCCCACAAUUGGCAAGAGACUAUAGAUGCCCCACUGUUAGAUGAAUAGACAUUUUUGAAAUAUCUCUAAAGACAUGUACUGUUUGUGUUAAACAGUGGUGGUCCAGAUACCAGUUGUUUGUGCUACUGUGAAGAAUGCCAGUGUAGUAGACCGGUCAUGUAAACAUGUGCCAAAUAAUUAUCUGUAAUGAAUUAAAUGGGUACAGUAAUACAUUUACUUAUUUGUACUCACAUUACAUUUGUAUUCCAUAUGUUAUAAAAAUGUAAACAUGGCAAUGAUUAAAUGAUUGAAAUGGUA